CUGGGAAAGUACAUAUCUGUGAGGCGCUCGCUGCCCGCCGCUUGCAGUCCGACGUCGCUCCGUCCCGCUCGGAUCAGCCUUGCCACACGGCAGCUCCGCGCCGCUCCCCGGGGGCCGCGGCUGGAUCUGGACUCGGAGGUGUCCCGCAGCUUUUCAGGUUUUGCUUUCGGGUGCAGUUAGCGCGUCCACGCUCCCUAACCCACCGCCGCCAUGGAUGCCAUCAAGAAGAAGAUGCAAAUGCUGAAGCUGGACAAGGAGAAUGCCUUGGAUAGAGCCGAGCAAGCCGAAGCGGACAAGAAGGCAGCGGAGGAGAGAAGCAAGCAGUUAGAGGAUGACAUUGUGCAAUUGGAAAAGCAAUUGCAUGUGACGGAGGAUACAAGGGACCAAGUGCUGGAAGAGCUACACAAGUCUGAAGAUAGCCUCCUCUCCGCAGAGGAGAAUGCUGCCAAGGCUGAGAGCGAAGUAGCUUCUCUGAACAGACGCAUCCAGCUGGUUGAGGAAGAGUUGGAUCGAGCUCAGGAGCGCUUGGCUACUGCCCUGCAGAAGCUGGAGGAGGCUGAGAAGGCUGCAGAUGAGAGUGAAAGAGGAAUGAAGGUUAUUGAAAAUAGAGCCCAAAAGGAUGAAGAGAAGAUGGAAAUCCAAGAGAUCCAGCUUAAAGAAGCUAAGCACAUUGCUGAAGAGGCUGACCGCAAGUAUGAAGAGGUGGCUCGUAAGCUUGUAAUCAUUGAGAGUGACCUGGAACGUGCUGAGGAACGUGCUGAGCUGUCAGAAAGCCAAGUCCGACAGCUGGAAGAACAAUUAAGAAUAAUGGAUCAAACCUUGAAAGCAUUAAUGGCUGCAGAGGAUAAGUACUCACAGAAGGAAGACAAAUACGAAGAGGAGAUUAAAGUCCUGACUGACAAACUGAAAGAGGCUGAGACUCGUGCUGAAUUUGCUGAGAGGUCGGUAACUAAGCUGGAGAAAAGCAUUGAUGACUUAGAAGACCAACUCUACCAGCAACUUGAGCAAAACAGUCGCCUAACUAAUGAACUAAAGCUGGCAUUGAAUGAGGAUUAAACUUUAGUGUGACUGUAUUGUGAACUCACUUGUUUAAACACUACUUCUUCCAAAUUUCCUUAUGAAUGAAUCAGUAAAUGUAGAAAUAAGCAAGAAACUUAGAAAUUGAUUUUUUUCAGACUGUUGAUCCUGUGAUAAAUUAAUGGAUUAGAUUCUCAAUUUCUCUUGAAAAAAAUAAUGAAAAUGCCUCUUCUGGAUGAGACUUUUCAUUAUCUGUGUGCACAGUAGGAGCAGCAUGUGCACAGUAAGAGCAGCAAGCUCUUUGGUUAUGCAAGAGCUCCUUCCUACUUCAGUAAACAACUACAGCUUUUAGCGAAGUGUCCAGAAAGAAACAGCCUGUCCUGUAGAGAGGCACUCAGUUUACCUGACAUCAUGAACUGGCCUAAGAAUUUUACUAAAAUGUAAAUGAAACCAAAGUGUUCACCAGGAUUCAUACUUAGAGCUGUUUUGUUAUCUGGAGACCUUAAUGCAGUCCUUUUCUGUUGCUAUGAAUUGGGCUUGUGUUUUGACUUAAAGCAAACAAACUAGGAAUGGGAGCUCCAUCUGAAAAUACCUGGUCAGUUUAAAGGUAUGCUUGCAUUGCUUAUGAAGUGACUAUUACUGGAUACAGCUCUAGGAUGCAGCUCUAGAACACUGUGCUAAUUUAUUGUAUCAAAUGAGUGUAUUAAAAGACUGUCCUAUAAAAGUGUGCAUGCGACAUAAAGCUACUGACUUUGAUUUUAUUUAUUUUCUUAAAGAAACAAAUUCUAAAAGGUCACUUCACUGAAGUGAAUCCUGAUUAGUUGUGGUGUUUUGGUCUUUGUAAGUUCUGACUUACCUGAAACAAGGUAUGGACCUUCAAAGAACUUAAUUUUUUUAUUGCUCUAUUGUAGAAAACCAAACCAAGCUUCUUACCAUCUCAUAUUCCUAUAAGCAAGAAGCUUCCAGAACGUGCAAGAAUUAUAUCUGUUGGCAGUGCAUUUUCUUAACAAAUGCAGCUGUGAACUGUUCUAAGCUAGCAUUACUUGUUGGUUAUUGAAUUAAUUUGGAAUUCUCUCUAGUUAUAAUUUCUGGAGACAUCAGUGUUUAUGAGCAUGCACAUUUCUUGACUUUCUAAACCCCUUGACAGAAAUGAUGAUUGCAUGCCUUCAUGUUCUGAGAAUCAGUGCCUCCAAAGAACUGCUAUUCACGUUUUAAUUUUCUAAUCCCACAACAGAGAAAGUGGCGCAUGCCAAAGAAGAAAACCUUAGUAUGCAUCAGAUGCUGGAUCAAACUUUACUGGAGUUAAACAACAUGUGAAAACCUUCUUAGCAGCAACCACAUUAUUUGUUUUACUAUUUUUACACCUGCUUGCCGUGAAACCCCAUAAACAUGUCUUUAUUUUAGUUUCACCACGGUCACAAGAACAUCUGCUAUAACUCAUCAGGCAGGGGUCAGGGAAACACCAAAAUGGGCAAGCCAUAUGCGGGUUAAGCUACAUUAUGUUAUGGUUUAAAUGUGCCAUUUCCCAACCAAAAUGUUACCUACACUUUGUAGAGAGUUCAGCAAUUCAGUAUGCGUAGUGUUUUGAAGAAUCCUGGCUGUGGCAGAAAGUGUCCCACCUCAAGUGCCAACUAUAACUGUUAAUGAGGAGAAUCAUUCAUGUUCAAGAGAGAUCAUGUGGAAAUGGUGCUAUUUUGAACAAGAUUCUACUCAAGUCUUUUGUUUGAUAUCAGACAAGUCAGGAAUUGUCUAGCACAGUAAUUUAUUUUAUCAGAAUUUUUUUGAUCUGUGAGGAUUGAAACUUUCUGUGCCUUCUAAUUCAGUAAAAUGAAGGCAUGCAGGCACCAGAGAAAAGUGAAGGCUUCCGAAGGUUCCAAAUUACGUUCUUGCAACUCAAUACAGAAGUGUAGGUCAGUAUUUCACCUUGAGUAUUCAUUCAGUUGUAUUUUUCAUGUUGAAAUGAAAGAUUCAAUAAAUUGAGGAGAAAACAUAAAAUUGGAAGAGAUUGUUUUAAAAUGUAUUUUAUUUGUGUGGAUUUGGGGGGUGGGGAGGAAUUUAUAAACCGAUAUUUGCCUCACUGUUUUUCACACUUUAUUUGAGCAGUUUUACAAAUAUACCUGUAUGUAAACAUUGUAUAAUGAUAUGGAAUAAAAUGCACAUUUUAGGUCAUUUUUUAAA